AUGUCAUUAUUUGGUAAUAAGAGUCUCGCUAACAAUAAUAAUGUCAACGAUGAUGAUGAUUCUAUCGAAGAUGAUGUUACUACUUGUUAUUAUCCAAAUGAAAUAAUUGGCGAUUAUGAAGCAAAUGAAAAUGAAGACGAAAUUUUCCCCUAUAAUGACAAAAAAAAAUAUGGAUAUAGAUCAUGGGAAUCCCAUACAUUUUUGGAUUGUAAAUCAUUUCCUAAACAAUCAACUUUCCAAUAG